GGCCGACAGAACGGGCAACAAGCUGUCAGGCUCCAUUCUUCUAUUCCACACUCAAGCUCGAAGUCAAAGGGCUGAUUGCUGCACAGUGAACAGUAAGUUUUAGGUGGGGACUGGCGACUGGAAGUGUCUGGGAAAAGUUUGGUUUGGGAGAAGUAGGUUGAGUUGAAACAAAAAUGAGCAAAUCUUGUUCAAGGUGUGAUAAGGCAGUGUACCCUACAGAAGAACUGAAGUGUCUGGACAAGCUGUGGCACAAAACAUGUUUCAAAUGCCAAACCUGCAGUAUGGCCCUCAACAUGAAAACCUACAAGGGAUUCAACAAACUGCCCUAUUGUGAAGCGCACAUCCCCAAAGCAAAGGCGACAACUGUUGUUGAAACACCUGAAAUGAGACGUCUUGCUGAGAAUACUAAACUGCAAUCCCAGGUUCAAUACCACGCCGAUUUCGAGAAAGCCAAGGGUAAAUUCACCCAGGUAGCCGAUGACCCUGAAACGCUUCGAAUCAAAGCCAACACUAAGAUAAUAAGUAAUGUUUCAUAUCAUGGAGACCUCGAAAAGAAAGCUGCUAUGGAACAGAAAAGGACUUUAACCGGCGACGAAGCGAACGGACACGAGAAUUCUGUCCCAGUGGAAGAUGUGCAACCCGACCCUAUAGUUGAAGUCAUACCACAACAUCAACGAAGUGUACCGACUGCUCUACCAUCACCCCCACAUCAUCAGCAACAGCAGUAUCCACAACAUCACUCUAAAUAUCCACAGCAACAACAACAACAGUUACAUCAACAUCCGGACAAUCAUCACAUUCAAUCCCUUCAUAGACAAACUGAAAUGAAGACGUCUUCGAUUCGCACUGGCGCUCCCAACUCGGAUUCUUCGCAAAACACGCGGUCAACUACAAGUUCGACUGUGGUCUAUUGUUCACAGCCCAACAUGUUGGCCAACCAAUCGCCAGGGCGCCGAGCCGGUUCGAUUAAUGACUACGAUCCUGUCAAUGAGAAUUAUGGUUCUCAAGGUCAGCAGGGAUAUAGGUUAACUGGACAACAACCAACUCAGUAUGCGCAGCAGCAACAGCAACAACAGACUCAGCAGCAACAGCAACAAACUCAACAACAGAAACUCCAGCAGUACUAUCAGCAACAACAAAGGCAGCAUGCUCUUCACGUGCAGCAGCAGCAGGCAAUGCAACAACAGGCGAUGCAACAACAGCAACAGGUCAUGCAGCAGCAGCAACAGGCUCUACAGCAGCAGCAACAACAGGCCAUGCAACAACAACAAGCCUUGCGGCACCAGCAGCACACCAUGUCGCAACAGAGCAGUUAUACAGGAUCUGUCGGAGUUUCUUCGGGUUACCAUCAGGCUGCCAAUACACAGCCUCGUAGCUCUGGGCGUUCAUUCCGAGCCAUGUACGACUAUGAUGCUGACGAUGACGACGAAGUUUCUUUCCGUGACGGCGAUGUUAUUGUAGAUUGCAAACCAAUCGAUGAAGGCUGGAUGAUGGGAACAGUUCUGAGGACCGGUCGAUCUGGAAUGGUACCGGCAAACUACAUCGAACCCAUCAACUAAUAUUUUUUUUGUUUUUUUUUUUGUUUUUUCCGCCCCUAUCCCUAUCCUUCGGAUAUUUUUUUGCCUUCUUUCCUCGAAAAACCUAGCUAAUCAUCGGCCUUCCUGCACGCAACACAUUCAAGUUUCGAAUUUCCGCAGCUAACACAUCCGAUACCUGGUGAUAUUUAGUCUUGAUCUUCAAAUUACCAUAUAUUGCACUAAAACGACAGCUACGUCACUUGCCCUUAAACAUCUGAACACAGGACGAUGGUGUUGUUUUCAAGGCUUGCUUUCGGUCUUUCGUGUUCUUUUUGUUGUUUCCUUCGUGAAAUUUACAUACAUACGUCCCAAUUUUUUUUUUUAAAUUAGCCAUAGCCAUUAGUAUUAGCUAUGAUGGGUGCAAGACGUGACAUAAUUUGCCUUUUCCCCCCUCCCCCCUAUGAAUGUUGGUAUCAGAUCAAACUUAUAUCUUGUUAACCAAUCACUAGUUAAUAAUGGUUUCACUCAAGGCGUGUAUAAUCAGUCGCAGUUUUCUACCUUUUGUGUUUUCACCGUCAUGCUUAAGCGUUUCGUUCUUUAACCUCGUAAAAUCGUAACAAGUCCGAAUGUAUUUUUGGCUGACAGUUUUUGAAGGGAUAGGGAAAAGAGAUGUGUGUAAUAUCUCUUUCAAUGUUUUCCGAAGUGCCUUGGAAAUAAAGAACGUAUAUUAACCUA